CUCUCUCUCUCUCUCUCUCUCAAUAGAUAGAGAUAUCUAUCUAUCUAUCUACAGCAAUGGCUUCCCUUUCUCUCUCGAAGAACACUCUUCGUUCUCUGCCCCAGACACAGACACUUAAAACCCCUUCGUCUCAGAACCCUCUAAUUGUCUCUAAAUCAUCUGGAUCAUGGUCGUAUGGUCUCGGGCUCUCUAAAUCUUUAUCUUAUUCGGUCUCAUCUUCGUUUUCAGUAAAAGCUUCCAUGGUAACUAAGAAAACAACACCAUCCACAAAUAUGCGGCCUCCAACUUAUGGGGAUCUUAUUACAAUUCUUAGUAUUGAUGGAGGAGGAGUUAAAGGAAUCAUCCCUGGAGUUAUCCUCGAAUACUUAGAAUCACAACUUCAGGAGCUAGAUGGUCCAGACGCAAGGCUCGCAGAUUACUUUGAUGUGAUUGCAGGAACAAGCACGGGUGGUCUCAUAACGGCUCAAUUAACAGCACCAAAUGAAAAUGGUCGACCUUUAUAUGCUGCGAAUGAAAUCGUUCCUUUCUAUGUCGAGCAAACACCUAAAAUCUUCCCUCAAACAAGUGGACCACUGGCCAGCAUUAUAAACUCAUUUAAGGCUUUAACCGGACCACGAUAUGAUGGGAAGUAUCUUCAGAAACUGCUUAAGGACACACUAAAGGGCACAAGGUUGCAGCAGACUUUGACUAAUGUUGUUAUUCCAUCUUUCGACAUCAAACAUCUCCAGCCUACUAUUUUCAGCUCAUUCGAGGUGACACAUGACCAUCUGGAGAAUGCCCUACUAUCAGACAUUUGUAUCGGCACAUCGGCAGCACCAACUUUUUUUCCUGCCCAUCAUUUUAAGAACACAGACACAGAAGGGAAUGAACGUGAAUUCAACCUUAUUGACGGUGGUGUUGCUGCUAGUAACCCGACUUUGAUUGCUAUAAGCGAAGUAACCAAGCAAAAGCUGAAGGAGAACCCAGACUUCUUCCCAAUCAAGCCAUUGGACUAUGGUCGUUACUUAGUGAUCUCACUAGGGACAGGCAAUGCGAAGAACGAAUACAAGUAUAAUGCUAAUAUCGCUUCCAUGUGGGGACUUCUUGGGUGGUUGCUUAACGACGGAUCUAAUCCGUUGAUAGAUGUUUUUAAUCAAGCAUGUGCAGACAUGGUUGAUUACCACAACUGUGUGGUUUUUGAAGCACUCCGUUCACAAAACAAGUAUCUUCGAAUCCAAGAUGACACUUUAACCGGGACACUAUCAUCUUUGGAUGUGUCUACAAAAGAGAACAUGGAAAACCUUGUGAAAGUUGGUAAAGAACUGUUGAAGAAACCAGUUUCUCGGGUGAAUCUAGACACAGGCCACUUCAAACCAUUGAAAAAUGGCAGAACCAAUAUGGAAGAACUCAACAUGUUUGCAGAAAUGCUCUCAACUGAAAAGAAAGACCGAGAGAUGAAAUACAUGAUCAAAAACUUCGAAGGAACUAACAGCGCUGCUUGAUCUGAAAUCACAGUUUUAAACCAAUUUUUGGGUACUAGGAUUAGUAUUAUUUGCCUACAAAAUUUUGGAUUUGUUCGUAUAUUUUAUUACUAGGUGGCUAUGCUCGAUAGGUGGUGGAUAAGGAAAUAAUGCUCCACAAUAAGAUCCCAUCAAUAUUCAUGUAAGCGAUCUGAAAUAGUUAUGGUCAUAUCAUAGGUAAGAUUCUAGUUUCCCUAGAAGAGAAAAAAUGUGCAAUGUACACAUCAAACAAAAUCACAUGAUGCUUGUGAAUUAGAAGAGCAAUGCUAUCGAGACCAAAUUGGAUAACUUAAUGUGAGGGCUUAAUGCAUUACAACUCUUGGAUCAGUAUUGAAUCCGAACAUUGAAUGAAAUUUACCAUCAAUCCAAUAGUCACAAUAAAUUUG